AUGGGGUUUAUUAGAAUCAUAGGCUAUUUUUUCUUUUUUUGUACAUUUCUUCUUGAAUCAUCAAAUGGUCAAAAUCUAGCUCCUUCAAAUUUUCCUCCUUCAAAUUUAGCUCCUUCAAGUUUUGCUCCUUCAAAUAUUGCUCCUUCAAGUUUUGCUCCUUCAAAUUCAUUAUUUUCUGCAGUUCUUGUGUUUGGAGGUUCAUCGGUAGAUACAGGGAACAAUAAUUACAUACCCUACGCAUCAUUUAAAUCAGAUUAUCUACCAUACGGUCUCGAUUACGACUACGAAACCCCGACAGGAAGAUUCAGCAAUGGAAAGGUGAUUCCUGAUUUUGUUUCCUCAAGACUUGGAUUAAAAGAUAGGAUCCCACCAUUUUUAGAUCCUAAGCUACCAGACGAAGAGCUGAGCUCGGGCGUUAAUUUUGCAUCAGCUGGUGCAGGAUUCGACGACUUGACGUUGUCUACGAGAAACGCCAUUUGUAUAACAAGCCAAGUCGCUUUAUUCAAGAGAUACAUUGAAAGACUUAAGAUUGUUGUCGGAGGAGACAAUGCAAAUCUGAUUCUGAACAACUCUUUGGUAAUGGCAACUACUGGUAGUUUCGACAAUGUUAAUGUUUAUCUCGUUGGUCCGAAGAAAUCAUUGGACGCCAUGUUUAACUACAAAGAUCAUUCGUUGAUCACCAAUAUUAAGCAGUUUAUCAAGCAAAUGUACGGCCUAGGGUGUCCGACCAUACUCGUAACGGGGCUUCCGCCUUUCGGGUGCCUACCGCUUCCGAAUAAAGAAAUCAGUGCAGAAUGUACGGAUGAACAAAAUAAAGAUUCGUUGUAUUACAAUGAUCAGCUUAUUGAGAUGUUGCCUAAAUUACAAGAUCAGCUUCCUGGCAGCAAACUCAUCUAUGUUGAUGUUUAUAAGCCUAUUGUUGACAUGAUCAACUUUCCAGCUAAAUAUGGUUUUGUGGAGACAAGGAGUCCAUGUUGCACAACAACAUUACUGAUGUGCCAAAAAGAUGCACCAAUAUGUCAAAAUACAUCAGAAUAUUUGUAUUGGGAUAGGACACAUCUCACCGAAGCAGGAAAUCGACACCUUAUGCAAAUUAUAGAAAAGGACAUUCUUCCUAAAAUAUUAACCAAGAACUAA